UUCUUCUUCUUUUUCACGCGCGCGGGGACAACCACCCACUUACACACACGCACACGCACACGCACUAUCCUGUGACAGCAACAGCUCCAUGUCUAGUCAUGAGAGCAUGUCUGUCAGGGCGGUAUAAUCUCAAACCAAACCGGGAUAUUAUGGAGCAGUCGAUGCGUUGACGGAGAUGCGACUGGAAAAAGAAAGUCGGUGUCCGCGACCAGAGGCACACGGAGAGAGAAAUCUGACUCAACAUAAUCCAUCUGGACACCGGGGGGGAAGACCGUGAUGGCUCCCAUGAAAACAGCAUUAUUCGUAUUUCUACAAUGGGUUCUUCAGUAUGCUUUGUGUCGUGAUGUAACUCUUCCCCCUGGAGACCUCUACCGUGUUGGAGGCUUCCCCCUGUCCCUGCCAUGUGCUGUAUCAGGGUAUGAAGGCCCACGUACGCAGGACUUUGAGUGGUUCCUGUACAGGGAUGAUGCUGGUGGGAGGCAGAUGGGAGUGGUGUCCACUAGAGACAAGUCCUUCCCCUACGCCCCGUACCUGGCUCGGGUAAGGAAUGGGGAGGUCAGGGUGGAGAGAGACUCUGGGGACAAGGUCCGGUUGCUGAUACAGAGGCUCCGGCCUGAUGACCAGGGCAAGUAUGAGUGCUACACACCCAGCACGGACAGCACCUACCAGGGGAAUUACAGUGCCACAGUAACUGUCAAAGUGAUGCCUGACACACUCCAGAUCAGCUAUUCCCACUUCCUCACUGGCCAGCCCAUGCCAGAGGGGGCUGAAUUAACACUGACAUGCUCAGCCAGCAUUCAUUCAGAGCAGCUCACCCAUCUGUCCAUCAUGUUUGGGAAACGUGGUGGCAGAGAGGUUUCGGGGAGCGGAGUGGGACGGGCAGUCAGCACCAUCAGAGAGAUUAUCUCCAUCGACAAGCUGCUGGGGGUCGUCCCCGGGCGUUUGUACAAGACGCGCUACGAUGACGGGGAAAUCACCCUGGAGAAGAGGAACGGGGAGGACGGCCAGGGUGUGUACGUGAUGAAGAUGAAAGCGGUGCAGCCAGAUGACACUGGCUCAUAUUUCUGUGAAGCCUCACAGUGGAUUCGGGAUCCUGAUCGAUCGUGGCAGAAGAUUGCACAGAGGACGCUGGAUAUCGGCAACUUGACUGUUCAGCAACUAGCUGAGUCUUUGAGUGUAAAGUCUUCGCCUAAAGGGGGGGUGACCCUGCAGGUUGGUUCCCCUCUCAUCCUGACCUGUGAGGUGCUGGGGCUGCCGUCUGAAGUAAACUCGGGCCUGCUUGUUCAGUGGAUGAAGAGGGGAUCUGUGAGCAGUGGUGUAAUUGGGACUGGAGGAGUCGAGGUGGAGGUGGCCCGGAUGAGCCCAGGCGGCGUUGUGAGCUGGGGGGAUGACCUCAGCAGAGCUACAAGCGGCUCUAUGGAGAAAGUGGCGGAGGGGAGGUACACUCUGAAGCUGUUCUCGGCCCGACCCUCUGACGCGGGGGUGUAUCGGUGUGUGGUGAGUGUGUAUGCUGGAAGGAGAAACCCUGCCCCAUCUACUCCUGCUACACUCACCCAGAGGUCUGAGGGAGUCAUCGUCAGCCUGAAGACCGAAGAUGUGCAGGUUGCAGCUGUGGCUCAGCUCCCUCGUGGCCCCCUUUUAAAAAGAGGUAGCACCGUCACCCUCAUCUGCAACAUCACCGUGACAACCUCAGGCCCCGCCCUGGCUCAGGUGCAGUGGUUGCGGUGGCCGAUCCCUGCACCAGUUCUCAAGAAGGGACAGAGCCCUGCAUCUGUCACUCCCCCAGACUCCCCUGUGGUAGAAAAACCCAGGCUGGUAGCUGGUCUCAUGUACGAUGGUGUUGCAAACAUCUUUGCCAAUGGUAGCGAGGUGAGCGUCGACCGCUUGUCAGCUGUCAGCUACAGACUGAGGGUCCACGCGGCAACAAUGGAUGAUCAGGGCUUGUAUGCAUGUCAUGUUGAGGCAUGGGGGCAGAACCCGCACGGAGACUGGUACAACACAGGGGUCAAAGCAGAGUCAAAUACAGUGACCAUUUACCUGUAUGCCAGAGCUGCUGACCUCCUCCUCAUCCCUCUGGUUGUUGGAGUGUCCUCCGCCUUGUUCGUGGGCAUUGUCAUCAUCGCAGCAGUCACCUGUUGCUUCAUGAAACGCCUGGCGAGGCAGCGCGCUCGAAAAUAGGUGUCGCUCAUUGGCAGCUGUCUGAAAUCUGACGGUGCAGAGAACAUAAUGGAUGAAUAGGCCAAGAAAUAACGUCAAGACAAACUGAAGCAGAAAAUUACUUUGCCACCUUGUUAGAUGUUUUUCUGUGUUUUGACCGUUGCAUAUACCAGUUCAAUGCAAAAGAUAGUUUGAUAUACAGUAUAUAUACAUAUAUAUAUAUAUUUUGUAUCUUUAUAUCCAAAUACUCUUUGAAAACAAAAUAUUUUAGUGAUUGCUGCCUCACACCAGUAGGUGAAGUAUCCUAAAUUUUUGGGGCCACUACCUAAUGACCCCUCUGCACUCCUUAUAUGGGCAAAGACUGAAUUUUUUUGGAGCCCGUUAGUGUGUUAAUUAAACCCAACUUCAUUCUGUCUCAACUGGAAAAUGGUCAAAUACAGAAUCCAGGCUUUUGUGACCAGGUCAGAAGUAAAGAAGAUACUGCAUGUUUGUCAAGUGUGAGGAAACUCAAACAUACUAAAGGUGAACUGUUUCCAUAGAAAGCAGACUGCCCUCUCAGAACAUGAUGAUGUUAGCAAAUACUUCUGUCUGUUUGGGUCACAAAAUUACAAAUUGUUGCUGUUCUAUUCGUUCCUUCCUCAAGCUGCAUGCUUUUAAUACAACAACCAAAAAUAUCUAAAUAUGUGCAUGGUUAAGCCUCUAACACUGCCACUGAUGGUCACACGAACACUGAUGGAAGCAGUCCGGCUGCCAAAAACCUAAUAUGGGGGAGGGGCCCCUUUACUGCCUGCAGGCUUGUAUCACUCUGCAUGUAAACAAAGUCUCUCUCUCUAUUACUUAAUAAGGAAGGCACUGCCUAGGGACUUUUUGAUGCCAAGAGCAGCUGAGUACCAACUCUAAACACAAGCAUUUCUCGACUGUGACACUUCAUGCUGUAGGGACUUUUCUGUACAGACGUGUAUAGUUUCGAGAAAUGGAGGAUGUCCAACAUGCACUGAGCUGAAAUAUGUAAAUUCUGUAUGAUGUUUAGCUGUUUUAUUUUUCUUCAUGUAAGUAAGACUAUGCUGUUGUGCAGUGUUUGUUUUUGGCAAAGCACCUGUGUUUAACAUUCUGCAGCAGUCUGUUCUGCUCCUGUGAAGCACUCGGACAAAAAUGGGACCAGGACCAAACUUUCUUUUACUAGAUUUUCUUAAAGCUGAAAAGUCAGUUCUUUAUUGUACUUGAAAAAGUACAGCUGACUGUUCUUUUUAAAAAAAAAAAAUAGUUCCUUUGCUCUCGUCAAGUAACUGAGAAACUGCUGUGAAAAAGAAUUCCCUCUUUGUUACAAUGAGUAACAGAAAAACUGUUGUUGUUUCACACUGUUUAGGACACUUGUCCCUGAAGUGAAAAUUGCAUACACAGCGCCGUCAUAUUAAUAGUUGUGCAGUCUCAUUGUAUUCGUCAUCAUCAUGUGGUUGAGGCCACACAUUUCUCCUGCCAAUGCUGCUAGCCCACAGAAAUAUGUUGGACACAUUUGCUGUUUGCACACUAACGGUAUGAGUGAUAUCCAACCUGCUCUUCCUGUUGAAAGUGAAGCUUAGGUUUGGUCCUGCAAGCAAGUGCAUACUGUGUGAUCAUUUAAGGUUCGAUACAUGUUCGUGGAAAGGAGGAAAGUAACAUUUAUUAUCCAGCUUCUGCCUCUCUCAUUGAAGUUAUUUCAGGUCAUUUUUCUGAGUUUGCUUGCACUCAGUUGUACUUUAGUGUCUCAGUGUCUAUUUUGUAUCAGUUUCUCUGUUUCCUGUUUCUGUUUCAGUGUGAGAGUUCCUAUAAACGUGCCCUUUCCUCCCUAAGCUGUGCUCCCUAAACACCAAUUUUAAAUAUUGUUCAUGAACAUCAGGGAAUAAAGUCACAGUUCAGCUUCCUUCCUCAGCCACUUUGUUCCAGAUCAACUACCCAAAGCUGAUUUGUUCCACUGCAACAUGAUUACACACUUGCAUAGGCACACAUAGAUGCACCUGCAUGUGGCAGCAAGAAAACAGUGCUAGGUGACAUUUCAGAUGGAUGCAAGUGAGUAUCUGCAUGUUCAUCUCUAAUCCCUGUUAUUGGCUGCGAAGCACCCUGCAACCCUUUACCCUGUCUCAGUGUAGCUCACAUUCAUUUUUGCUUUCUGGGAAGUAUAGCCACUGCAACAAGUGUAGCGCACAGCAUCUGCUUUCUAAGUUAUGCUUUUAUUUGGACUUAAGGUAAACAUUUUCCUGAAGGCAUUAUGUUUUGUUUGGCUUGUUUACUCAUGCUUUAAUACCACCGUUCUUGAAUGCAUCUUGCUGCCACCUAAAUAUAUAAUUGUGAGUUACUGCGCAGUUUGUUUCUUAUGGUGCUUUGGCAAACCUAUCUGUUGAUGAAAUGAAUAAAACACUCUGGAUUUGUAAUGUCGCUUUGUUUUGUUUUUUCCUCUGUUUUCUACUGCUUUGACAAAAGUCUGAAAAUGUACAUUUCAGAGUCCACUAGAGACAUUGCAGGUAUUGCUGUAUAUUCUGCAAGAAAGAAAAUUGAAUCAUCAAACAUCUGAAUCAUGCUGAGCUUGAAAAUUCAUUCCUUGAUCUAGACUGUAUAGAUUCAUGACUGGAUUAAAUAA